CCUUUUAAGGUUGUGAAGGUGAAACUUGACUCUCAACAUCUUCCCCCUCUUUCUCUCCCAUCUAUAUAUAUAUAAUAAUAAUGAUGACGCCAAUUGUGAAUUCAAAUUACGACGACAACGCAAUUACAAACAGCGCCCAAAAGAUCAAGUUCCUCUACAGCUAUCGCGGCAGAAUCCUCCCUCGCCCCACCGACGGCAAGCUCCGCUACGUCGGCGGCCACACCAGAGUUCUCUCCGUUGAUCGUUCCAUCACAUUCGCAGAGCUAAUGGUGAGAUUCUUAGAGCUAUGCGGAUCCUCGAUGAGUUUGAAGUGUAAGUUGCCGACCGAAGAUCUAGACGUCCUGGUUACAGUCACCUCUGACGAGGAGCUCGUUAACCUCAUCGAAGAAUACAAUCGAUUCUCGUUGUCUGCAAAUAAGGACCUGAAGAUUACAGCUGUGUUGUAUCCCCUGGAAUCUCUCAAAAAAAUCUCUCCUCCUCCAUCUACCGUUUCCAGUCUCGAUUUCUCCUCAGUCGUCAUAAAGUCGCCUUCCGUCACAGGAUUUUGGUUUCGGAAUUCGUCGCCUGCCUUUGGAUUUCCGGCGGGUGUGCAGAAAGUUGGUUGCAAAGUCCGUUAUUGAGUAGUCUUUAGCUCUUAAAGACGAAUAUGACUUAUUCAGAUGAAUAGCUAGCAAUGAAUCUUAUUGUACGUCACUAGGUCCUAUAAAAGACUACGACAUGAGAAGAUCUCGAUACCAUUUGGAGAGCAAGCAUUAGGCAAGGAAUGCAAAAGCUUUGGUGAUUGAAUGUUCCAA